UGCCUUGGUUUGACCAGCAUAGUAGUUCCCUGUGAGUCUGACAACAUCUGGAGACUUGUGGCAGGUUGCAGGAUACGAAUACGUAUGAGCGUGUAACACCCAGCAACCUAAAACAUACCAAGUGUUGUUAGUGUGUUUCUAUAUUGAGUUCAAGUGCUGUUUGAGAGGAAAACUCUCAAGUUUUGACCUUUUAUUCCUUCCUUUCUAAGCCUUUCGUUGGUUCUGGUCUGAUUAGUCCUGAUGGCAUACCUUCCCUUCGUUAGCUUUAGGAAUCCACAGACUGUGUACUUUGUCCUAACUUCAUGGAUGUUAGGAUGAAUGUUCAGUGCCAAAAGAUUUUUUUAUCAUGUCCAACUGUUAAAAAGUCAUGAUUGGCCAGUUUUCCAACAGCCAAGUCUCUUGUGUGUUUUUAAAGACAGAAAUGAGGGACUGGAAGCUGUUAGAUGCAAUCUGCCUUUAAUCACUGUUUAAAUUUAGUUAGCAAUGCUGACAAACCCUCUUCUUCCAAGCAGCCCUUAGUCUGCUGCUGUGUACAGGCAGACUGCUUGGAACAAUUGUGUAAAAACUUGUCCAUUUUGUCAUCCAGAAGAACUGAAGACUAUGACAUCUAGCACCAAAAUCCCUAUUUUGAAAGCGAAGAAAUGCUAUGACAAAAAUGUUCCUGCACAUACUUUGAUGUUGUUCUACAGAUGAUGUGGGGAAAGGAGGGGUAAAGUAAGAUUCUAUAAUUUUACCCUGAAGUAGGGGCUGUCCUGGGGGUCCUGUUGGUUUGUACCCCUGGAAGCUCCUGGCACCUGGUCUCUGCUGGGGGUGGGUGGCACUGCAGACCUCAACCUCUAAUCUCUGUGUCUCUGCUUCUGCUGAUGUUCAAGGGCAUGAUGUAUGUUUUUGUUCUUUACGCUGUUGUGUACCAACAUCAACAGUGUUUUGCAACAGCUACUUCAUGUCGGAAAGACAGGCAGGUAAUGGGGUCCUGUCCCACUGGCAGCAUUUUAAGAGCAGGCAGUGCUGCCUGAAUCUUAAUGUAGCAGUGUUCUUAAGCUCCUAUGAAGGCUGAACAGCAGCAUGCGCUGCAGUGUUCAAAUGCCUCUUUUUCUACCACUUCUGGUGUGUUUUUUCUUAGCUUGACCUCUCUUCUCUCCUUUUCUGCAAGGGAAUGUUUUGUAUAAACACAUAUCAAGUUUAAAAUUGUUUGAUUCCCCUCUGCUGUGCCCAAGAGGCUCCAAGGAAGGUGUUAAUAGCUUCUUUUCCUUGAAGACCACAGAAAAAUACCUUUUUCCCUGUCCCUGUAAUUCUUUAUCUGGCAGGCAGUCACAAUGAACACCUUGCUGCACCUUCUUAUGCUUCCCUGUUGGUUUGCAUGGUGCUCUGAACCUGCUGUUGGCUGUCAACUCUUUGCACUGCAUCAGUCAAGGAAAGCCAACCAAGCUGCCUUGUCUUUCUAAGCCAGUGGAGCAGUUUAUUUGACCUACUGUGUGCUUUUGUGUGGAAUUGUAAGUACAAACUGCUUUCUUUUGCCACAUUCUGUAACUAUUUUGUUUUCAUAUAUGAAAAACCUUUUUUAUUUUGCAUCUGAAGUAUUUUCUAACCAUUCCAAUUAUUCCCCUUAAAAUCAGUUUUAUUUCUACAUUGACAUAAAUGGUGAGAAGUAAGGCACAGGCACAGAAACCAAACCUGCAUUAUGUCUAAGUCCUGGAGCAUCGUGGAAGCUGGUGUUAUGGCGUGUCACUGUGGCUCUAUGAGCUUGUGGAAGGUGGUUCAAUUCCUAUUUCUGCUUCCGCUGAGUUUUACGACUGGGGGUUUGCUGUCUGUGUGCAUCUGGAAAUUGAGGAUCAUGGAAGACACAUUGGGUCCUGUAGGACCUCUGGAAAAACAUUCUUAAACACCAAGUUCAGCACUGGGGGAGCUCAGUAAGGGAGAGGAAAUCACUCUUCUUCACUGAGAGUUGUGUGCUCGGCCAAUUUUUCUGUGGUCUUGGUGUUUUACUUGUGAGCUUGCUUGCAAUUGACCAAAUGUGAGGUUUGCUCCCUGAUCUCAACACCUCUUCCCAUUGGCACUGUGUCCUGGGACAAACUGUUUACAGAAAUGAGGGCUAUCUCAAAGUCCUUGACACUCUGCAAUCCAUCUCAGCAGCCUGUCAAGGCUUAUUGUGAGCAUACAUCCUCCAGUUAAUUGCAGACGGGUCCUGUCACGUGUGGUGGGCUCUCCUUGCUCUCAGUGGCAGGAAGUGUUGAUUAGCUCUUCCGUCUGCCUCCUCUGGCAGGCUUCAGGAGCUGCUCCUGCACCAAGAGCUCUUGACACACCUCACUUUCACCCAACAGCGAUGUUUGACAAAAAGGCCAUCCCCAGCCAGCACUGCACGUCUUUAUUCAUCAGUCAGCAUGAGGCUCUCCAACCUAGCUAGCUGCCUUUUUCAAGGCUUUAAGCUCCUGAGCAGGUUUGGAAGGUCCCACCUCUUGGGUACCAACAUAAAACCCUAGCCCUUUAAUUUAAUAUCACCUUCCUUGAUGGUAUCAUUUAACAAAGGGAUCAUCUGUUUGCAGCAGAAUUCUUUUCCCCCUCAGGAUUAAUUGCUCCAGCUCCCAGAGGCAGAGAUUGACAGUGGCCUACUCCUCUACCAGCUGCUGUUCUGUGUGGGGGAACUAGGCUUGUGUAUGUCACCUGGAGCAAGUGGCAGAAUAACGAAAAAAAAAAAAAUGCCAAAAGAAGACUUGCCUCUGCUCGUUCUUAUUCCAGAAGACUCAGUCUGUCUUUCUGUGGAUGUUCAGAGGCUGAACGCUGAAUCUACUCCAACUUUAUACUUUUUUCUUGAACUAGACAGUUACAGUGAUUCGGGACAGCCAGACACAAAAAUGCUGGGGCAUCUCUGUCUUUAGUCCCUUGGGGUAACUUGAAAGGGACUGUUUGUGAGACCUUUGAGGCUGAAAGCUGCUGUGAUGCAACUGAUUUCCUUAUGUUAACUACUAGUUGUUAGUCACAUAAAAUUGUCAACGCAGUGCUCGUGUCAGCCCUAAUAUACCACUUCCAAAAGAAAAGCAGCUGGUAAUAAAACGGUUCCGAGAGAAAUACACACACCUCUAACAUAAAUAGAAAAUUAAAUUCAAACCUGUCAGUUUUAUUUACCCAGGAACUCAGAUAUGAAUCAACCUCUGAAUGAAAAUGGCAAAUAUAACUUCCCCUGCCUUGCUGUAUUAUUCUGUGUUCAAUUUUAGUUUCUCUUCUGGGAAUUCACAUCAUUCACCUCUUGAGGGUUAUCUGCCUUACAGCCUGGCGGAGUGAAUGUGUUCUUCUUUCCUUUUGUUGAAAAAACUUUUCUGGUACCGCAAGCUGUCAGCACAAUAUAACCACAAAGAUUUUUUUUGGUGGUGGGAGCAAUGACAGCUGCUUUUGUUGUUCACUGUAAUCAUUCACUGCUGAAAAAGGCCCUACCGCUGGGGUGGAGCGUGCUGGGCUUCGCCACCAAGGGAAACACCCAGGCACAGAGAUACCAACCACUGAGAAAUUUCUAUAACGUGCAGCGUAGGUGCUCCAUCUCCACGGAGCAGCCAAAUACCCAAUUCCUUGCCUCAUGCAAACUUAAAGUGAAAAGAACAAAGCCAUUUUUUUCCCCACUGAGAUUUGAAGCAAGCACAUCAACCUUGACAUUCUUCCUUUCUGCCUGCCGCAAAAGUGGGGGGUGUAAGGGAAACGGGGAAAUGGUUUGAUUGUGCCAUUGCUGUAGGGUUAGCUGCGCUCUGCUGCUGGAGACCUUUCUGCUUGCAGAUGAUAUUUGGGGUAAGCUGUACAACCCCUGUUCAGAAGCAGAGAGGGAUUUGCCUAUGUGCAGAUGUUUAUGUGAACGUACACGUUAAAACAGAUUUUAAUCUAGUGUUUGUGGUAGGAGCUACAGCUUAGUGGAAAGAAAGGAAAGAUCCCUUUGUGCGCAUUCACGUUGUCCUUGGCGUAUCUCAUUGCCAACCGUGGUGUUUGGUUUGCCUUCCUAGAGAACAGAUUUCAGAAAGCUGGGGGCUAGCAUGGUCAUCUCAUCUGUAGGCAGAGCGCGUGGUUCUGACCUGCCACAUGGCCUGGUUUCAUUUGAACAAGCAAGACAGAGGUUCUCAGUACUCAGUUUUACGUGGAAGGUAACUCAGUACUGUUGGGUUUCUUGCCUUUUUUACAAAAAGAAGACAGAACGUAAGACUACAGCAGAAAGAUGCCUUUGUUUUCAUUUGAUGAUCUCAGUGAUGGUUGGGUUAUGUGACCAGAAGUGGAAAGGGUCUUUGUCUAACAUAGGAACAGCUUACUUCCUUGUGGGGCACCAGCCCUUCACUUUGACUGAUGUUCCCAUUGUAGGCCUGGUCCCAGCACUCGUUUGCAAUCUCUGCUCAGAAGGCUCAGUUCUCCUCUGGCCACUAUUUCCUGCAGUUAAAGCUCCCUAGCUGGCGUUUUCUGACUGAGGGGGAGCCGUGAAGUCGUAUGACUUGGGGAAGGAGCAGAGAUAACAAUGAGCACCCAUCUGCUCCUCUCUUCCAUCCCUUCGGGAUGUCCGGGUGUCCCCUGGUUAGAAUUCCCCUCCAGAUAAGAUAGUGGAGGUGUCACCGUGGGGCAGUCAGGCAAGAAAACAAUAGCGAGUUGCGUCCAAAAAACAAGAUCGAUCAGUAACUGCACCUCCGUUGUCAGUAAGGGGCAGAGCUGCUCUGGAGAGGUCAAGGCUGGUGUUGUACCCCGCAUCCCUUCAGCUUCUUCCUCUGAUAAACUUCCACAAGCGCUAUCCCAGUUGCUUUUCAGAAAGCCUGGGGUCAGAAGCUGCACUGAGAGGAAGGCUGCAAGAGCCACAGCGUGUGCAAGGGCUUCCAAGGCUGUGUUACUCAAGGAGUAACUGUGCCUCGGUUGAGUGGGAUGUUCCAGUACUUGUUUUUCUGCCUCUGCUUUGUUGUCCAGCUGCAGCCAGUGUCUUCAAUGGCCCUGGACCCCUGCUCUGCCUACAUCAGCCUGAACGAGCCCUGGAGGAACACGGAUCAUCAGAUAAAUGGCUCCCACGGCCAGCCCACGUGCGACAGUCAGAUCGACGGCGAGUGGUAUCGCUUCACUGGCAUGGCUGGCGAUGCCAUGCCUACCUUCUGCAUCCCCGAGAACCACUGCGGGACCCAUGCUCCCAUCUGGCUGAACGGCAGCCACCCGCGAGAGGCGGACGGCGUCGUCUCGCGCCAGGCCUGCGCCAGCUUCAAUGGCAACUGCUGCCUCUGGAAUACCACGAUAGACGUCAAGGCGUGUCCGGGAGGGUACUACGUCUAUCACUUGACCAAGCCCAGCGUUUGUUUCCAUGCGUACUGCGGGCAUUUUUAUGACAUCUGUGAUGUGGUGGAUUGCCAGGACUCCUGCCUGGACACCAAUGACUGCACAUGUUCCCUGGGGACAACGCUAGGACCUGACGGACAGACAUGUCUGGAUGAAAAUGAAUGCGAGCAGGGCAACGGAGGCUGCAGCGAAUUUUGCGUUAACCUGAAGAACUCCUACCGCUGUGAGUGUGGGGUUGGGCGCACGCUGGGGAGCGACGGGAAGACCUGUGAAGAAAUCGAAGGCUGUCACAAUAACAAUGGAGGCUGCAGCCAUACCUGUAUUGAAGUGGAAGACUCAUACCAGUGUGAAUGUCCGAGGGGACUUGUUCUGUCAGAAGACAACCACACUUGCCAAGUUCCAGUGCUGUGCAAGUCCAGCUCUAUUGAGGUGAGCAUCCCAAAGGACCUGGUUGGAGGCCUGGACCUUUCCCUCAUCAACAAUUCCUGCAAAGGGGUAUCCAAUGGCACUCACGUCAACAUCCAUUUCUCCUUGAAGUCCUGCGGCACCGUUGUGGAUGUGAUAAAUGAUAAAAUCAUUGCCACCAAUCUGGUGACUGGCUUGCCGAAGCAGACUCCAGGGAGCAACGGGGACAUCAUCGUCCGCACCAGCAAGCUGCUGAUCCCGGUGACCUGUGAGUUCCCGCGCCGGUACACCAUCUCCGAAGGUUACGUGCCCAACCUAAAGAACUCGCCCUUGGAAAUAAUGAGUCGCAACCAGGGCAUCUUCCCCUUCACUCUUGAGAUCUUCAAAGAUAAAGACUUUGAUGAACCCUACAGGGGUGCCCUUCCCACCCUCAAGCUUCGGGACUCUCUGUACUUUGGGAUUGAACCCUUGGUGCAUGUCAAUGGACUGGAGACGUUGGUAGAGAGCUGCUUUGCCACUCCCACCUCCAAAAUCGACGAGAUCCUCAAGUACUACCUGAUUCAAGACGGCUGCGUUUCUGAUGAUUCGGUGAAACAGUACACGUCAAAAGACCAUCUCGCCAAGCAUUUCCAGGUUCCCGUGUUUAAGUUUGUGGGCAAAGACAACAAGGAGGUGUUCCUGCACUGCCGCAUCCUCGUGUGCGGGGCGCUGGACGAGAGCUCCCGCUGCGCCCAGGGCUGCCGGCGGCGGGUGCGCAGGGCGGCUGGGAGAGAGGAGGAGGAGGGAGAGGAGGAGGCCAGUCACGUGGCAAAGCACGUCCUGACGGGCGGCCCCAUCAGAAUUGACUUUGAAGACUAACAGCCGUCCCUUGGAACAGCACCUCCGCCCGAGACCAACCUUUCUUAUCCAUGCCUUCUUUCAUGGUGGUCUGAGAAAGGAGAGGGAUUUGGCACAGCCCCACUCGUACCUCAGGACUUGUUUCCCUAGCUGCGUGAUGAUGAUUGGUGAAGUAGGCUCGGCACACAGCCUUCUGCAGAACGGUUUGGUUUUACCUCUGUUUCUCUUGGUUGAAGGGACGCUGUUGCUUUUCAGGCUUGAAGCAUUACCCAACUUUGUCUUUCCCUACGUCCACCCACAGGCUCCACAGGACUGUCUGUCCUGGACUAAACACAUUACUCAAGCCUUUCUCUCUUCAGAUGAUAAAAACAGCAUUGCAGCUGAACGUGUUUGCUCUGCAGUUCUGUGAGUGAUGCUGAAGCUUUUGGGUGUGCUGUGAUCUUGGAUGACCAUUAAUAAAAAUAUGUAUAAAAAUAUAUAUCCCGUAACGUGCAACUUGGAGCUAUGAAGCAGUUGUCAUUACAGGCAGCUAAAGCUCAGGUCUAUCACAGGCACAUCUUAAUGUUAUUUUUAAAUAGAAAAAGGUAUUUAAUAACUUUUUUUAUUGUCUUUUGAUAAUUGCAUGCAGUUUAACAGUGUUUCUCGUUGUAUUUAGCAUCUCAUUAUUUUUCUCUCUCUUCUCCCCCCCACAUCCCCAAGCAACACAGUGCCUUUUGUAAGUGCUGUAGCACCUUGAUUGUAAGAAAAAGAUCAUUAAAAAUCUAUAAACACCUGCCCCCAA